AUGUUCGAAGAAAUGGAUGCAUCAGUGAGCGGUCGAAAUGCAGAGACCACUGUACGGCAAAAACAAGUACGAAAAGGUCGUGAAAAACCAGAAGACAAGGAAAGAAAAGAGCGCGAGGCCAAGAAACAAGCAGAACUUCAAGAGAAAUAUGAGCUGUGGAACAAAGGAGUGGCUCAGGCUGAGCGGCGAGCAGCACAACUGGACGAGAUGGCUCGUGUAGCAGCUGAACCGCUGGCAAGAAUGGCCGAUGACGUAGAAAUGAAUCGGCAGCUGAAAGAAGAGAUUCAUGAGGAGGAUCCAAUGGCAGUGAUGUUGAAUAGCAAAAAACGAAAGCAAGCUCUCAAACGAGGAGAUUUG